UCAUUAUUUAAACAAAAAUUUCAGGAAGGCGUUCCAGAGUCGUAUGAUCAAUCACUAUUUGUCACCUCAGUCAUACCGUUGAAGCUGAUAAUACUGCCAAAUACAGUUAUUUGGUUGAAUCGGACCCCUCAGUCUAUACGAUUUUGCAGACCCAAAAAAAUUGAGUUUGUUAAGGAAAGUAGAGAGCUUAUUUUAGCGGAGAAAGCUCAUUUAGACGAGGAAAUAUCUUUAUUAACUCCUUUUCAAUGGACACUAGAAGGUGAAAGAAAAAUUAAUGGGAAUUUUGAGCUUAAUCUAACACUUAUUGAUGGCAAAGUUUUAAACGUGUUAACAAAUACAAAAUCUUCGCAGUCGUGUCCAAUUUGUGGUGCGAAUCCAAAACAAUUCAUGUCUGUUAAAGACAUUGAUUCGUCAAUAUUUCAACCAAAAGAAACUUCUCUGAAGUAUGGUAUAAGUCUCCUGCAUGCAUGGAUUAGGUGCUUGGAAUUUAUUUUACAUCUUUCCUACCGUAUGGACUUAAAAAAAUGGCAGAUAAGAAGUCAAGAGGAUAAAGAAGUGUUAAAGCAAAAGAAAUCUGAAAUACAAGAAAAGUUCUGGAAACACAUGGGCUUACGCGUCGAUAAGCCGAAAGCGAACGGUAGCGGAAACACUAACGAUGGCAACUCAGCUCGUCGAGCUAUCUCUGAUCCAGAAAUGCUUGCAAAGAUUACUUCUAUCGACAAAACGUUUUUGAAAAAUUUAAAAACUAUUUUAAUUUGUAUAUCUUGUGAAUUCCAAAUUGAUGUGGAACUUUUUUUUUGCUUUUGUAAGAGAACAUUCGAUAUAUAUAUGGAAAAAUACGACUGGUAUCCUAUGUCAGCCACGUUACAUAAAAUUUUGGUUCACUCCGCUCAAAUUAUGCAAUCAUCUAGUGUACCACUAGGCUGUCUAGGGGAAAAUGCUUCAGAAAGCCGUAACAAAUGCUAUAAAAGAGAUCGCGUGUCGCAUGCCAGAAAAAAUAGCAGGGAGAAUAAUAUGAAAGAUGUCUUUGAUAGAGCUAUGGAUUCAUCUGAUCCCCUUUUAUCUAGUAUGCACUUGUCAAAGAGGAUUUAUUCAACAAAAAAACAAACAUUUCCACCUGAAGUAGUUGCACUUUUGAAAUCUCCUCCUAAUGAGUUUGACGAUGAUAAGCCUACAACAUCACGACAGGCAUUAGAAGAAUUCGAUGAAAUAUGUUCCGACGAUAAUGAAGAUAUGGACGACAGUACUUGCUUCUCGAUUGAACUAGAGGAAGAAGAAGAAUCGUGGGAUUAGAUAAAGGUGAGACUCUACCUGACACACAAAAAACAACAAUUUGCUAUGCUUUUAGUAGGUACUCACUCAAAAAUGGAACAACAAAAAUAAA